GCACUGCCCAGCGCAGCCCCCACAGCAAGGAUUUCUUUGCCUUCUGGAUAAGACAACUGGAUGAUAUAUCUUGUGAGGCUAAAAAUGACACGGUAGACAGAACAACCCAAAGGGAAAAUUGUUGACAGAUAUUCCAGUAUUUUCCUCACUCUUCCACCACUAUCAGAAGCGGGCACGAGCUCAACGUCAUUUGUCCCUUCUCAAAGCUGCAGCUUUGCCUGUGGAGACCUUCAUCCUGCGCUCAUGUUGAGGAUAGAGUCACCAUUGUAUUAUCCUCCGGUCGUAGGACCAAGAUGGCGAAUAUGUGCUUGCGGAAACAUCCAGCAAGGAACUUCCCUGCACGACGCAGAGGUGAACUUAUAUAGCUACGUCGAAAGGAAGAACAAAUACGACGGCGCUUACAUUGACAAAGAUGGUGAGACGAGGACCUUUGAUCGAAAGAAAAUGUCACGGAAAAGAACGGGUGCAAUGAGAGGCCGAGGUUGGAAGUACGGCUCUGGAUUUGUGGACGGGGUGUUCCCCGUGCUCAGUCCAAUGGCACAGGACAUCUUAGAACUCGUCCAGAAGGAAACAGACGUUGCCAAAGUCUGGGAGUCGCUGGACAGCAUCCCUGCCACGCACAGCCUGUGGGACGACAUCCUCAACGUCGCCGUCCAGCUCCGGCUGAACCGGCAGUGGGAUCCGAUCAUAACAGUCUGCGAGUGGAUUGUGUACCGGAGCUCCUUCCGUCCGGACGUCAUCUGCUACAACCUGCUCAUAGAUGCGUAUGGCCGAAAGCGUCAGCUGGACAAGGCAGAGGCUAUGUACACGGCUCUGCUGGAGGCGCGGUGUGUGCCGACAGAGGACACCUACGCCCUCCUCUUGCGAGCUUACUGCAAUGUCGGGUCCCUGCACCGGGCAGAAGGCGUGAUCUCGGAGAUGCGGGAGCACGGGAUCCCUCCAAGCGCAACCGUAUACAACGCGUACCUCGACGGGUUGCUGAAGGCGAGAUGCACCGAGAAGGCGGUGGAGGUGUACCAGAAGAUGAAGAGGGACCGGUGCCGAACGAACACGGAGACGUACACCCUGAUGAUAAAUGUGUAUGGGAAGUCGAAGCAGCCGAUGUCGGCGAUGAAGGUCUUCAACGAGAUGCAGUCCAUCGGGUGCAAGGCCAACAUAUGCACCUACACGGCGCUGGUGAACGCGUUCGCGAGGGAAGGGCUGUGCGAGAAGGCGGAGGAGGUGUUCGAGGAGAUGCAGCAGGCCGGGCACGAGCCUGACGUCUACGCCUACAACGCCCUCAUGGAGGCUUACAGCCGCGCAGGGUUUCCGCAAGGCGCUUCGGAGAUCUUCACCCUGAUGCAGCACAUGGGGUGCGAGCCUGACAGAGCUUCCUACAACAUUCUGGUGGACGCCUAUGGAAGAGCCGGUCGCCACCGAGAAGCGGAGGCUGUGUUCGAGUCGCUGAAGAAGCAGGGGAUGGCGCCGACGAUGAAGUCGCACAUGCUGCUGCUGUCGGCGCACGCCAGGUCCGGCAACGUGGCGCGGUGCGAGGAGGUGAUGGCGCAGCUGCACAAGUCCGGCCUCGUCCCGGACACCUUCGCCCUCAACGCCAUGCUCAACGCCUACGGCCGCGCCGGGCGGCUCGACGACAUGGAGCGCCUCCUCGCCGCCAUGGAGCAUCAAGGGUCCUGCGACGUUAGCACGUACAACGUGGUGGUGAACGCGUACGGGCGCGCGGGGUACCUGGAGAGGAUGGAGGCGGCGUUCGCGGCGAUGCAAGGGAAGAGGGGGAUCGCCGCCGACGUGGUGACGUGGACGUCCCGCAUGGGCGCGUACGCGAGGAAGAAGGAGUACAGGAGGUGCCUGGAGAUCUUCGAGGAGAUGGUGGACGCCGGGUGCUACCCGGACGCCGGGACGGCCAAGGUGCUCGUGGCGGCGUGCUCCGACGAGCGGCAGGUGGAGCAGGUCACGGCCAUCGUCAGGUCCAUGCACAAGGAGGCCAAGACAUUGUUCACCUUAUAACAGAGACUUAGAAGA